AUGGCUCUGCACCUGGCAACAGGCAGGGCUGGAUGCUGCCCCGGGGUGGUGAACACUACAGAGGAGGAGGUGGAAGGGGUGGACUCCCAGUCACCAUGCCCAGCUGGGUGGCAUCAGAAUGAGCAUCGCUGCUUCUCCUUCUACCCCGUCUGGGCCACCUGGGCCACUGCAGAGUUGUACUGCUCCCAGCACAGAGGGAACCUGGUGUCGGUUCACAGCCCGGGUCAACAGGUGUUUGUCCAGGAUCUGGUCAGGAGACACACAGACCAGCCGGUCUGGAUAGGAAGCUACGAUGCAGCUCAGGAGGGGAUGUGGCUGUGGAGUGACGGCUCAGCUGUUGACAGUUUCUACUGGGAGGAGGAUGAGCCCAGUAACUCUGGACAGGGGGAGAACUGUAUGGAGCUACACACUGGAGGUGGGCAGGGCUGGAAUGACGUGUCCUGUGGAGAGCUGAGGUUCUAUGUGUGUUCUAUGGAGACAAGAUCUGGUUUAGCAUCAUUGCCAAGUCAGAAGAAAUCACACGAGAGAGAGCUGGUUGAAGAGGUGAGUAUUUAUGACGUCCUGUGGGAGACCAGUGAGAGAGUAGCAGAUGAGAUCCUCUACUCAGCCUUCCUCAGAGGGAUGUAUUCCAGACGUCUGCCUGCCCACUGCUAUGCUGACUUCUGCCACCAGGAGGUGCUAUACCUGGACAGAGUCAUCACCAUGCUGCGGGUGCUGAUCAGAACAGUCCAGGGUCCUCCAGACAUCAUGAUGUUUCUCCAGAGAACACAUCAACGCUACCAGGAGUCUCUGAAGGAGGCCCAGAACCAAACUCCACCACACCUGUUUACACACCUCCCCGGGGCCAUCUGUACUCCCUCUCAACACCUGAAGCAGCAGUCAUGGACAGUUACAUCCGGGAGUCACUGGAGGCUGGAUUCAUUCACACCUCUACAUCCACAGCUGGUGCAGGUUUCUUCUUCGUGGUUGGCCCAAGGGGCCCAAUUUUUCACCCAACUGGACCACCGCAACGCUUGCAAUCUGAGUCGACUAUAUGUCAAGAUAGAGACGUCGCUUCUCCCGGUCCUAACCCGCAAGUCCCAGACCUGUUGUUGCUGGACUCCCGAGGCUGACAGGGCAUUCAUAGAGCUCAAGGGACGUUUCACCUCCGGACCGAUCCUCGUUCAUUCAGAUCCUACUCGUCCCUUUGUGGUAGAGGUGGACGCCUCGGACACCGGAGCUGGUGCGGUCCUUUCACAGUGGAAUAAGGAGGACAAGAAACUGCACCCCUGCGUCUUUCUCUCCAAGCGGUUCUCGCCAUCGGGACGCAACUACGAUGUAGGCAACUGGGAGCUCUUGGCAGUACUAGCUUAUAGCCCGGGAUUCAAGAAUCAGAAAGCAGAUGCUCUGUCCCGCCAACACAAUGUCUCUAACGAGGAGAGGGACUCCGAGCCCAUCAUCCCCAGCUCCCGCAUGUGA